ACAUGGCGGCGGCUGCGAGGAGGGAGGGGAGCGAAGGGGGGGUCCGCACCCGGGCGGGGAGGGGACGGCGGAGCGGGCGAUGGUGGUGGCGGCGGGGCGAGGCGGUGCUUCAGCAGCCGCGACGCGGGGCCGCGCUCGGGCGCCGGCUGGGCCUCAUGGCCGGCGAGGCGGCGGCGGCGGCGGCGGCGGCGAGGGGCGGGCCGGGGGCGGGCGGCGGCUGCCGGGCCGGGCCAGGCCGCGCCGCGAACCCGCGCUCGCGCUCGCGCACGGCGGAGGCGGAGCCCGCGCGGGGGUGGGCGGGGCGAGGCAUCACGUGCCCACAACACGCUCACGUGCCGCCGCCGCGCGCACGCGCGGGAAGAGAGCUCGAGGCCGCGGGGGGCGGUUGUCGGGCCCGGCCGCACCGCGGCCAUGCGGGCGGGCAGGUCGCCCACCGCCCAUCUGUGUGGGCGCUGAACUCCGCCGUGUGGCGCAGUGAGGCGGGGUGACUCUCAGAGCCCCUCUGAGGGCUGUGCGGAGCAGCGCCCCGCUGACCGCUUCGGGAGGAACCCAGCGUUCCCCCCCCCCCAUCUCGAAUGAAGAAUAGAAGCUCGGAGCGGCGGCAGGACUUCCGCAGUGGAGAAACCCCCGUGCCUUUUCCUUCCUCGUCCCGGCAGCGCAACGUUCGGUAACAAUGAGAACACUGCCGGGCAAUUUGCAGCGCUCCCUCUGCUGUGGUGCGAUCCCCGCUGAGGACAUCCGUCCCUCCUCAGCGAUGACGAUACAACGAAUGCAAGAGGAAGGGCCUCUCCCGUCUUUUGAAUCAACGCAGAGAAAAAAAUGAAUGAGCGUUUCAACCUCGUCUUCGUUGCCAACGUGUCUUCCUUUUUCCCUUGUGAAACGGGCGCUGGUAUGAUUUUCAAGCUCGGUCUCUCGUUCCAUGAGAGCAGCAGGAUGAACUCACAGGAGAAACGCAUCCCUCCUCGCAGACCCAGCGCCUGCCUCACUCUGAAGGGGGCACAGCCCGCAUCCCCCAGAUAAUCUCAUCAUCCCUUUUGCACGUGCUUUCUUUGGACCUACAGGGGAGCUUUGCUCUGUCUUUCAAUGAGAAUACUCUGAUGUUACAAAGCCCUUCCAAAACAGCUGUUCUGCCUGGUGCCUUUGAUAAAAACAGAUGCACUGCUUUGACCUGUUAAAGCAUUUCAAAACUAGCAGCAACCAAAAAUAUUGUGCUUUCUUUUAUGUAGCUCUCAGAGCACGGACAGGGAAGUAUGGUGGAGAAUCAGAUCAGAGGGCUGGCUGCAGAGUCCUCACCUCCAAAGGGCUUAAAGGGCGUUAGAUUGCGUUUGUUCAGCUCUGCCUUGAUGCCUUUAUAAUGGAGGUGGAAAGAGAGGCAGAAUAGACUCAUGUAGAUUCACUUCACUUUUCAGGAGAGGACAUAACAAGAAAAGCUGUCAGCCCUGCAUGGCUUUGGGAGGAACAAAUGGCAUGGAAAUGAGUUAAAAGGGGAUGAAAAAAAUGAAGAGAUCCAGUUUUGACAGUAUAGCUCAGAGCUAUGUGAGGCUAUUCUGCUUGUAAGAUCCUCAUGGGAUUCCCCUUGGUAAAAAAUAAUUAAAACGUGCUCUGACCAGUAUGUGGCAUAAUUCUCUUCACUACCACCUAGUGGGAAACUCCUUCAUUAACUGAGCUCCACAGCUGUUCCUGUUCUCUAACGCAUCCUCCCCCUGACGAUGGAGGCUGGGUGUAAGUGAAGGGGGAGCAGGCAGAUGAAUGGGAAGGAUGCUGUCCUGAUUGUCCAUAGCAGAACAGGAAUUGUAAAGAGAGAGACCACCUCCAAUGUGAAGCCAUUGGGUCCUAUGGCAUCAUCACACCAGAACUCCCCACUCUGCAUCCCCUGUAGUUCUUAAUGGCUGCUACAGCUCAGCCUCAACAUCGCCAAGAAUCCCAAAGCUUAAGCACAGCCUUUGGUCAUAAAGAGCAAAACAUUCAUUCAUUCUGAAUGCAACUGCAUCCUGCCAGCAGUGCUAAGGAGGAACCUGUGACUGAGACACAGGAACAGCCUAACAACAGAGCACUGCCCUCUGAACAUGUUCUGAUUGUGCUCUUAUUUGUAAUUGAAAGCAGAGGAGGAGGAAAAAGAAAAACAACUUCUUUGUAAAGUCAUCUUUUCAAUUGUAUUACUAUUCAUAUUUACAACAAAGGUUACCCAAUUAGAGCAUAAAGUGUGUAUAUGUUGGGAACAACA